CAACCAAUGUUGCCAUCAAAUUAAACUCAAAUGGACUGCCAAAAUAUGUCACUGUCAGAGCUAUGACAAUUCUGUAUAAUAAACUAGACUGAAGUAGACUGUGCCCUGACUGAUUUGUAUUAUCAGAAUUAUCAUUUCAUUCUUAGGUUAUAAAGAAUUCUUUAUAAAAUAAUUUAAAUGAUCACGUUUUUACUAUAUUAUUUACAAUGAAUUACGAGAAUAAAUUAAUACUUGCACCUAUGGUAAGAAUAGGAACCUUACCGAUGAGACUAUUAUCUCUUCGCUAUGGUGCUGAUAUUGUAUACACAGAAGAACUAAUCGAUUGGAAAUUCUUACGUUCCAAACGGAAAUACAAUGAUAUUCUGGAUACUGUAGAUUAUGUUGACCAAACAGAUGGCACAAUUGUGUUUAGGACAUGUAAAGAGGAAAGACAGAAAGUAGUGUUGCAACUGGGAACAUGUGAUGCGGAACGAUCACUGAAAGUUGGAAAAAUGGUUGAAAAUGAUGUAGCUGCUAUUGACAUAAAUAUGGGCUGUCCUAAAGAGUUUUCCAUAAAAGGUGGGAUGGGUGUAGCCCUUAUGGCUCAAUCAGAAAAAGCAAAAGCUAUAUUAAAAGAAUUGGUUGAAAAUAUUUCCAUUCCAGUUACUUGUAAAAUAAGAAUAUUUGAGAGUCCAGAAGAAACUUUAAAUCUUGUGAAUAAACUGGUGAGUUCAGGAAUUAAAGCUAUUGCAAUACAUGGUAGAACACGUGAUGAGAGACCACAACAUGGUGUGCAUGCCGACAUCAUUCACUAUGUUGCAGAUAAUAUAUCUAUACCAGUAAUUGCUAAUGGAGGCUCAAAAGAAAUUGAAAACCAUAAUGACAUAUAUAAAUUUAAAGAACAGACAGGUUGCACCAGCGUAAUGAUUGCAAGGGCAGCAGAGUGGAAUUGUUCAAUCUUUAGAAAAGAAGGUUUACUACCUAUGGACACAGUAAUUAAAGAUUACCUUAAACUUGCAGUUGAUUAUGAUAAUUCACCAUCUAAUACAAAAUACUGCAUACAAAAUAUUUUGAGAGAUUUACAAGAAACUCCAAGAGGAAGGCAGUUUCUAGAAUGUCAGACUCUUGAGCAGAUAUGUUCAAUUUGGGGACUAGGUGAUUACUGUCAGCAAAAGCAAUCCCAGUAUCAAAAACUGGGAAUUCAAGGAAGGUGGCAAGUUAAUCCUGAAGAACUAGAGCCACCUAAUAAAAAAAUUAAAUUACCUGAAAAAGAACUUGAUGGAAUCACUCAAAUGAAAGUCUGUUUCAUACGGGCUAAUUUUAAUGACCUCAAUUUACCAAAAUCGCGCCUUCAUGCAUGGGCUGGAAAGAAUCGCUACAAGAUUCCAGUGUAUGAAACAGAGCAAAUAGAAAAAUUAUUCCGUACUAUUAUUACAUUCAAUGGUCAUAAGUACACCUCAUCAUUUUGGGAAAAAAAUAAGAAAUUUGCAGAACAGGGUGCUGCUUUAGUUUGUCUACACAAUCUUGGUCUAGUAACACAAGAAGAGUUAAUACAGUUAGGAAGUAUAAUAAAAUGAAUUUAUAA